AUGCUUGUACAAUUGUCAACAAGUGAAGACCAGCCGGAAGAUGCUCCGUAUUGUGCUCUGAGGUACCGACGUUUGUGCCAAGGCAAGGGACAACACGUUGCUUGCCAAUUUUUUUCAUCCGUGCCUGGCGAGGCGUGUCAGAAUUUCACCAAAAUCAAAUUCGACAAUGACCUAAAACAUUUUAUUAUUCAUUAUAUAAACAGACGAAGACAACGGCUAGCGUCAGGAAUUGAAAGAGUGCGGGGAGGGGCACACAUUCCAAAGCCGCAAGUCAUGUUGCAAGUGGCGUGGGACCGCGAACUAGCCUACUUAGCACAGAGGCUCGCCAACCAAUGCAACUUCGUACAUGACGAUUGUAGAGCGACAGUGCGUUAUCCAUACGCGGGUCAAACGGUAGGCGAAGUGAAAUGGCGAAGGUCCAGAGAAUCCGACACUCAGAGCGCCCAGCGCGCGAUCAGGCGUAUCUUCGACGCGUGGUGGGGGGAGAAGCGGCGCGUCCAACCUAAACACCUUAUACAACCCUUCAGAAUUACUAGUCGGGGCAACGUAUUUGGGCAUUUCACCCAACUAGCUGUCUGGAACCUCUGCGCAGUUGGCUGCGGGGCGGUCAGACACGUAGACAAGUACCCUCGACUGCUGCUCGUCUGCGAUUUCUCACACACGAACAUGCUCGGUCAAAAGACUAUCAAUCCCGGGCCUUUGGCCAAAUGUCCGUUGCACACCGUUCGGAAAUCAAGAUCUCUUUAUCCGCUUCUCUGUGUUCCGGUCCAUGAUGCUGCUGACACAAAAGCCAACGAAGGUUACCAAGAAACUAAUUACUCUGACGAUCCAUAUGAAGACAUAGAAGAAGAGUACGGAAGUGAAGAUGCGAUAACGACAGCCACUGAAUUGAAUUCGCACAACGUUCCCUUCCAGGAGAAUUACAAUUCUACAGAAGCAAAAGCUCUUAUUGUUAAUCCUUCUGAAGGAAGACUUGAGUUAGUUGAAGACUAUACGGUUUCAGCAAAACCAAAGAGCGAAAAGGACAGGGCGAAGAUUAAUAUUAUGAAAAAGAAGAAAGCUUUUAGUCCAGUUUCGGAUAUAAGGAGUUCGCACAAGAAGAUCGACGAGACUGAAGAUGACGAUUAUACUACGCGAAGAGUAAAAGCAACCUUUGUUAGCGAAGAACAGAGCGGAAACGAACACGUCUUUAAAAGCAAUAAUAGAGAUUUUUAUAAACAAAAUCGACAUGAAUGGAGACCAAGUCAUAGAUGGACGCAGCAACAAAGAAACCGACCUGACAGGUAA